CACAUGGCUUAGAAAAAUAAAUAAAUAAAUAAAAUUUCACAUGGAUUUGUAGACGUCACAUCUGACCUGGACGAGUUGGACAAUGAGUACACUACCUCCCAGUCUCCCACUGAAAAGAUCAUUCCAGAAUGCGAUGAAUUAGCUUUUUCUUUUCCUUUUCUCCACUAUAAAUAUCACCAAUCCGCUCCUCCUCCCUUCAUCCAUCUCAAUCUUCUCGAUCAUCAUCUUUCAAUCAGAAAACGUAGUAAAAUCAAAACCUUCUUUUCUCUCUUUCCAAUCAAACUCCAAUCAUGGGAAUCAAGGUGUACGGAAGUCCUGUCUCUCCCGGAGUACGUCGUGUGUUGGCCGCUCUGUCGGAGAAAGAGCUGGAUUAUGAGUUCAUUAAUGUGAAUAUGAUGACCGGAGAUCACAAAAAGGAGCCCUUUAUUUCCAUUAACCCAUUCGGUCAAGUCCCUGGAUUUGAAGAUGGUGAUGUCAAACUCUUCGAGUCAAGGGCUAUUGUGAGGUACAUCGAACAGGCUUACAAGGACAAGAACCCACUCUCAUUCGAUGACGCGAAGAAGAUGGGUCCAGUUUACUCAUGGAUGGAAGCAGAAGCUCUACACUUUGAUACCGCUGCCGGAAGUCUAGCCUUCCAGCUUGCUCUGGCACCCCUUUUCGGCAUGCCCACCAACGACGCCGUGGUGGCGGAGAAGGAGGCGAAAUUGGGUCCGGUGCUCGAUAUCUACGAGGCCCGUUUGUCCAAAUCGAAGUACUUGGGUGCCGAUACUUACACUUUGGCCGAUAUGCUCCAUUUGCCCACCAUCCACUACUUGAGUGGCACCAAGGCUAAGGCACUGUUUGAUGCUCGUCCUCAUGUUAAGGCCUGGGUUGCUGAUAUCUUGGCCAGGCCUGCCUGGGCUCGAGUCCUUGAAAAGACCAAGGCAUAAAUCUUUAAUUAGUUUUCUCAAACUAAUAUUUGGAUUUGCGUUGGCUUAUGGACUUGUUGAUGUUUGUUUAGUUUUUUGUUGAUCUCAUCCAUUUUCAUGUUUGGAUGUUGAGAAUGGAUUUUGUUAAAAGAAAAAUCAUGAGGGGGGUGACAAUUUAUCUGUGUAUGUUGUUAUCACUCCAAUGAUAAAUAAGAUUUGGUUGAGUUUCAUAAGUUUCUGCCUUUUGGGUAACAUAAAAGCUUUGAUUUGAUACCUCUAACGUUAUUUCUAGGCUUUGCUAACAUUGCCAUUGGGCACUCUAUUGCCAAAUUCGCAAUUGUCAUUGUUCAAACUUUCUGUGAUUACUUUGAAUGUGUUUAAUGAUUACUACUUUUUCCGAUAGUACUUAUCCUACCUACCAGACACAAAAUUUGAAAUAAACAUGAGGGAGUAAUUAACAGC